AUGUCCAGGACCAUUCUAGUGAGGAUUCAGAAAGAAUUGAGGAGAGGUGUUACACCGGAGAUAGCACAGAUGGUGAGAAGCGGCAGCAGAGAGGUGGCAGCAGCAGAAUUAGGAGACCAGCAUGAGACAGCACUGGAGCCAACCAACAGAGAUCCAAAUGAAGAUACCGAAUGGAAUGAAAUUUUAAGAGACUUUGGCAUUCUUCCUCCAAAAGAAGAACCAGAAGAUGAAAUUGAAGAAAUGGUUUUACGUUUACAGAAAGAAGCAAUGGUUAAACCAUAUGAAAGGAUGAACCUUGCACAGUUGAAAGAAGCUGAAGAUGAAUUCGAUGAUGAAGAUAUGCGAGCUAUUGAAAUAUAUAGAGAAAAGCGGUUGCAAGAAUGGAAAGCCCUUAAGAAAAAACAAAAAUUUGGGGAAUUAAGAGAAAUUUCUGGAAAUCAGUAUGUGAAAGAAGUCACAAAUGCAGAAGAAGAUGUGUGGGUUAUAGUUCAUCUGUACAGAUCCAGCAUCACAAUGUGUUUGUUGGUUAACCAGCAUCUUAGUCUCCUAGCAAGAAAGUUCCCAGAAACUAAAUUUGUUAAAGCCAUUGUGAAUAGCUGUAUUCAACAUUAUCAUGACAAUUGUUUGCCAACAAUUUUUGUUUAUAAAAAUGGUCAGAUAGAAGGAAAAUUCAUUGGAGUUAUAGAAUGUGGAGGGAUAAAUCUCAAGCUAGAAGAACUUGAAUGGAAGCUAGCAGAAGUAGGAGCAAUACAGACUGAUUUAGAAGAAAACCCCAAAAAAGGCAUUGUAGAUGUGAUGGUAUCUUCAAUUAGAAACACUUCUAUUUAUAAUGACAGUAAUAAUUCCAAUAGUAAUAAUGAUGAUACCAAGUAGAAAUAUUUAAUAAAUGGCUUUAAAGUGUUUAUAUACUGAAUGUUUUAUUUACUAGUGCCUUUAUAAUCAGAUCAGAAAAUUUAUAAAUAGAUUUAUUUUAUUUUCAUUUUUAUUUUGGAAUUAUAGCUUAUAAUUUUGAAAUAGUCAUUUCAAAAGCUUUCAGUUAUUUCAGGAUAUUCAUUGCCUCCAACAAAACCAGAACUUGUACUGAACUCUUAA